CUGCACCGUACACGCCGCCGCUGCCCGCGCAGAGUCAGGCGGAUGCACCGAUGGCUCGUAUUUCUGUUGACUUUCACAUUAUGUUGUCGUGUGUCGCUCUUUGUUUCCCAACACCUGGCCUCCCGCGAUCCUCCGGACCGUCUGUGUGAUCGGACCGACUGAUGGUAGAUGUCCGGAGUGUGAAGGCAGCGGAUCCGUGCCAGCCGGUUUGGUGCAGGCGAUGAAGGCGCUUUGAAAACCUCCAUCUCUGCCCGGGUGAGAGUCGACUGGAGCUGUCUGGCUGUUCCCCCCUCACUACUAUGACUCUGAGCUGCUGAAGAUUUUUCUGUUUUUAAAUUUGCCAGCCUUCUUGAAAUCCACUUGAUUCCUCAAUGGGCUCCCGCAGCCAAGGCUUCUUCCACAACCACCACCACCACCACCAUCGUAGCUCCAUGGUGCCCGCUACGGUGCCCAGGCUGCUGCCUGAGAACGGCAGCCUGCUCGGGGGCAUCGCACAAAUCACCCCCAACCUCUUCCUCAGCAGAGGGAACGUGGCAUCAAACCGCAGCCUGCUGCUGUCUAAGGGCAUCACCUGCGUGGUCAACGCCACCAUCGAGCUCCCAAACUUCAACUGGCCUCACAUGGAGUAUGUGAAGGUCCCGCUGGCAGAUAUGCCCCACUCCCCCAUCUCCCUAUACUUUGACAGCGUGGCUGAUAAGAUCCACAGCGUGGGACGUAAGCGAGGGGCAGUGCUGGUGCACUGUGCAGCGGGGGUGAGCCGCUCAGCCUCUCUGUGCCUGGCGUACCUCAUGAAGUAUCACCGCGUGUCUCUGGCCGAGGCCCACGCCUGGGUCAAAGCCCGCCGCCCCGUCAUCAGGCCCAACGGUGGCUUCUGGCGGCAGCUCAUUGAGUACGAGAGGAAGCUCUUUGGUAGAAACUCUGUUAAGAUGGUGCAGACGCCCUACGGGAUCAUACCCGAUGUUUAUGAGAGGGACCGCAGGAGCCUGGCUCCAUACUGGGGCCUGUGAGAGAGGCUGCAGCAUCCGUCCACAGAGAGGGAUCGAGGAGCAAAGUGAAGCUGAGCCCUUUUAGCCCUCUGGACUGCAGGUUCGCGCCUUUUCUAGACAGGCGAAGUGAGACACAUGUCAGUGUAGAUCUGUGUGAAGCUUAUUUAAUGAAUAUUGGUGCACUUGGACAGAGGGAGUCUAACCAGACACUGGUUGUUGACGGGGCUGCUUGUCAUCCACCCAGUAGCCUCAGUAUAGUCUCUGAGUGGGAGAAAGGCCACUUCAAACCCAGAGUCCUUCAGGCCAAAGGAUAGAUUUGGACCCCAGUUAUGUCAGACACCAACACAAGAUAAAACUCAGAAUGUGGAAGUCGGUGCUGUCUAUCUCCCGGUCUGUCUUUACAGUUCCAGUGGAGGACGAGCGCUCUGUGAAGGUGUUAGCUGUGCUCGAGACUCUGCAGCUCUGACAGUGAUGUGACUGAAGUCCUUUUCCUGACGUGGUGUCAUGUGGUGGUAUUGUGACAGUUUUGCAGUAAUAUUUGGUGUAAGGGCAGCAGCAUGCUCUUAAUUUAUGGUAGCAUUUAAGAUUAAAGAUUAGUGUACAGAAAAAAAGUAUAUCUACAAAUUAUUUUAUUGCAAUGUACUGAUAGUGAGGAAAAAUGCUUAUGGUGCACUUUAACUGAACAUUUAAAGAUGCUAUUAUAUCUACCUUUUUUAGGGUGAAAAUCUAAAAAAUGUAAGCUAGAGUCAAGGUUUUGGGAAAGCUCCUGUGUACCACAGGGUUGACUGUUCCAUCCUGUGACCGAACUAUGUUAUUGUAGUGCUAUUUGAUGCCGUAAUUUAAAAAAAAAUCUGCCGCCUCAAGGGAAGUGGUAGCUCUAUGAUAGAUGCGUGGAAGAAUAUUUUCUAUUCCACUGUUUUUGCCUUGUGUCCAUAUUCAGGUAAGGUUCCAGAGAGAUCAGUGCGGUUCAGAAGACACAUUUUAUUUCUGUCGGUACUUUUGUGGUUCAGGGCUUUUCUGAAGAGCCAUGUCACAUAGACUGAAAAUCCUACUUCUGCUGUCGUGUAGUGGUUGAAAUUGUCACUUUGCUGCACAGCUGUCCACGCUCUAAGAGUGCUGUUUAGCGCUAAAGGGGUGAAACCAAAAAUUGUUACUGCAGUAAAUCACAACAUCAUCAAGACUUUGCCACCAAUACUAUCACAUAAAAGAAAACCUAAUGAGUGAACAAAUACAAUGUAUUGAUUCCUGCUUGUUGAAAAAUUUGCCUCCUAUUUUAGAGGUAUAUUUUCCUCUUAAAGGUGCCCUCUGGAGUUUUCUUGUAAACAAACAAAAUUUAUGUGUAUAUUGAGUGUUACUCACCAAAACGCAUGUUGUGUAUCCUUGUGGUUUAAUAAACGU